AUGGAUGAUAACACAUCUAUUUUAAUGUCAUUUGAAUUCACUAAACCUUCACCAUUAGUUAUUACAUUGACAUUUGUUGCCUCGAUAUCCGGGUUUAUGUUUGGCUAUGACACAGGAUAUAUUUCAUCUGCGUUGGUUGCUAUUGGCACUGAUUUGGACAAUAAAGCCUUGACAUAUAGCCAAAAGGAAUUAAUAACAGCAGCCACCUCGUUGGGCGCAUUAAUAGGUGCACUUUUUGCUGGCGCUAUUGCUGAUUUAUUUGGCAGAAAACCUGUUAUCUUGUUUUCAAAUGUGAUGUUUAUUGCUGGUGCUGUUAUUCAAUGUGCAGCUCAUACGGUUUGGACCAUGAUCGGAGGCAGAUUUGUUAUGGGUAUCGGAGUAGGGUUUGGGUCAUUGAUAGCACCAUUAUAUAUUUCGGAGUUGGCACCAUCUCGAUUUCGAGGACGAUUGGUGAUUAUAAAUGUUUUGGCAAUAACUGGAGGACAGCUUGUGGCGUAUGGAAUCGGAGCAGGGCUAACAGAUGUUUAUAAUGGAUGGCGGAUAUUGGUUGGAGUAUCACUAGUUCCAACAGCGAUUCAGUUUUGUCUUGUUAUCUUUCUUUCAGAUACCCCAAGGUACUAUGUUAUGAAAGGCAAUUAUAAGAAGGCUAGAGACGUGAUAUCAAAGACACACAAGGGUGCUACAAGUCAGUCAAUCGAGGCGAAGAUUAAAGAGUUUGACAGACUAAAUGAUACCAUUCCUGGGGGUAAUAUUUGGAUCAAGAGUUGGAAUGCAAUUCGAGAGAUUCAUUUAGUUCCUUCGAAUUUUCGGGCAUUGAUAUUGGCAUGUGGAUUACAAGGUAUCCAGCAGUUUACAGGGUGGAAUUCAUUGAUGUAUUUCAGUGGAACAAUAUUCGAGACUGUUGGAUUCAAGAAUUCAACGGCGGUUUCGAUCAUAAUUUCUGGUACAAAUUUUCUUUUCACAUUAAUAGCAUUUUUUGUUAUUGACAGAGUAGGAAGACGAAAGAUUCUACUAAUCGGAUUGCCCAUGAUGAUGCUAUCGUUAACACUAUGUGCGAUUGCGUUUCAUUUUAUGAACAUUACAUUUGAGGAUCAUGAUGCAUUGUUGAAUGAAGAUACAGAGAUUACAGGGUGGGCCAUUGUUAUCAUUAUCAGUAUGAUUUGGUUUGCAGCAUCGUAUGCUAUAGGUAUUGGAAAUGUUCCCUGGCAGCAAUCAGAGCUAUUUUCUCAAUCAGUUCGAGGAGUGGGAACAGCGUUCUCAACAACAGUGAAUUGGGCUGGAUCAUUGACCAUUUCCUCAACUUUCUUAACAAUGCUAGACAGAAUAACACCAACAGGCACAUUUGCAUUCUUUGCAGGUGUUUCACUUUUUUCACUUGUAUUCGUGUACUUUUUGUAUCCGGAAUUGUCGGGUUUACAGCUAGGCGAGUGUCAAGAUAUAUUAACAAACGGAUUCAACAUCAAAAGAUCUAAGGAGCUAUCAAAGCGUCGGAAACAAGAGAUGAAAAACAAAGAUCAUUUUAUUCAAAAGAAAGAGAAAGAGAGAUCCUUGCCGGAUAUGAUCAGUCGUAAGCUGGAUAAGAUAGAAUUGAAUUGA